GCUAGUUAUCUAUAGGCUAUGGACAUUAGUAGUUAGUGUUACCUACUGAGGGGAAGGCCAUGAGUCUCUUAACACUAGUUCAUAUCCUUGUCAGCUUUUUGUCCUGUGCUGAAGCUAUAAGCAGAGCAGACUUCCCUCCCGGUUUUGUCUUCGGCACGGCUUCUUCAGCCUACCAGUAUGAAGGUGCUGUGAAUGAGGGCCAACGUGGACCUACUAUAUGGGAUACUCUCACGAAAAGACCAGGUCGGGUGAUUGAUUUCAGCAAUGCUGAUGUUGCUGUUGAUCACUACCAUCGCUACAAGGAAGAUGUGGAGUUAAUGAAGGGCAUCGGCAUGGAUGCGUACCGCUUCUCUAUCUCAUGGUCACGCAUCUUUCCAAAUGGAACAGGCGAACCAAAUGAAGAAGGAUUGAGUUACUAUAACAGCCUCAUAGACACUCUGUUAGACAAAGGCAUAGAACCAUACGUAACUCUCUUCCACUGGGACCUCCCCCAAGCACUCGAAGACAGAUACGAAGGCUGGUUAAACUCAAAAAUCAUCGAGGAUUUUGUUCAAUAUGCCUUUACUUGCUUCAAGGAAUUUGGAGAUAGAGUGAAGCAUUGGAUCACUUUUAAUGAGCCCUAUAACUUUGCGAUUGAUGGCUAUGACCUUGGCAUCCAAGCACCUGGAAGAUGUUCUAUUCUGUCACAUGUGUUCUGUAGAGAGGGUAAAUCAUCAACUGAACCAUAUAUUGUAGCUCACAACGUACUUUUAGCUCAUGCUGGUGCUUUUCGUACUUAUGAACAACAUUUCAAGAAAGAACAAGGAGGCUCCAUUGGGAUUGCGCUUAAUUCUAGAUGGUAUGAACCGUUCUCAAGUGCUGAUGAAGACAGAGAAGCAGCAGCACGAGCAAUGGACUUUGAGCUUGGAUGGUUCUUGGAUCCCUUAAUGUUUGGCCACUAUCCUCCUUCUAUGCAGAAACUUGCAGGCGACAGGCUGCCUCAAUUUUCAACUCAGGCAUCAAAAUUGGUAUCUGGAUCGCUAGAUUUUGUUGGUAUAAACCACUACACUACAUUAUAUGCUAGAAAUGACAGAAUGCGUAUCAGGAAACUUGUAAUGAAUGAUGCUUCAACUGAUUCUGCUGUCAUACCAACUGCUUAUAGGCAUGGGAAGAAAAUAGGAGAAACGGCAGCAUCAAGUUGGCUGCACAUAGUUCCUUGGGGUAUGUUCAAGUUGAUGAAACAUGUGAAAGAGAAGUAUGGGAAUCCACCUGUGAUCAUUACCGAAAAUGGUAUGGAUGAUGCUAACCAUCCAUUUUCUAGAUUAGAAGAUGUCCUGCAAGAUGAUAAAAGAAUACAGUACCACAAUGACUACAUGUCUAAUCUUCUGGAUGCUAUAAGGAAGGAAGGUUGCAGCGUCCAUGGUUACUUUGUAUGGUCACUGCUCGAUAACUGGGAAUGGAACUCAGGAUACACGGUGCGCUUCGGCCUUUACUACAUUGACUACAAGAACAACCUGACAAGGAUACCCAAAGCAUCAGUCCAAUGGUUCAGCCAGGUCUUAGCCCAGAAGACGGCUAUCAUAUAGAAUUCAACAGGAAAAUUAUGCCCAUGUUGCCGCAUCGCGUUGAAGAGCCUACUGGCAACUUCCGCGACUGAACUUUCUUCUGGGACUGAACUUUAGCUCGGGUGAAGACAGAUCCUUAAAAGGUGUACUAGUACUAGUUAUGAAGACAGGAAAUUUGGGUAGCUGCCUUUGGGCUUACCCCAUCAGGUUCAGUUCAGGUCAGAAUGGUCCUCUCCCUGAAAUUUCCAGCUCUCUCUGAAAUUUCCAGCUCCAACCUUUGUGCUUCCAAGUAAAAUGUUGAGGUGUCUCCUGAUGGGUUUCUAUGUGUGUGUGUGACUGUUUCUAUCCAUCUCAAGUGCAGUUUCACAUUCAGAUUUGGCUAUCCAGCCUAACUUCUUUUGUAAGUGUGCUGUAUCUUCCUGUUUCCUUUGAGUCAUCGAGUGCAAUAUAGUAGCCAAAUUGGCAAAGUUAUUCACUAAAGUUGUCACCAAAUGGACCUUAAGCUGAGCUUCAGUAUGAAAGUGACAGAAUCAUCAAAAAGAUAGACGUAGUAGUCAGAGAGGAAAGACACAUGGAAAAUAUGGAGGUUGGAGUCGAGAUGUCAAAGUCAGAAAAUGAAGUAAGAUAGGCCCGGCGGCUGGUACGAGUAACUAGUUAUGGUUUGGGUUGGCCCAUGAAUUUAUGAUUAUAUUUUCAAAGUAA